AUGGAGACAGUUGAAUGCAGAGUGGUCAUCAGGUUCCUGUACUUGAGAGGCCGCACACCAAAGGAGACUUUCGAUGAGAUGAAAGAUAUUUAUGGGGAGGAUGCUCCAUCGUAUGACGUUGUUAAGCAUUGGCAUCGUCAGUUCAAGUGUGGCCGGACAUUGGUGGAAACGGCUCCCAUUCUCGGGGGACCACAGUCUUCCAUUCAUGAAGACACUAUCCAGCAAGUGGAGUUCACCAUUUUGGAGGAUCGCCGCAUAACCGUUCGUCAACUAGCCCAAGAUGUCAAGAUCAACUGUGGGAAGCAGGAACGAGUCCAGAGCUCCCAGGCUCUUUUGACCAUGUGCCAAGAAAACCAGGAGGAGUUCUUCGACAGACUAAUCACGCAGGACGAAACAUGGGUCCAUCACUAUGAUCCAGAGACUAAAGCCCAGUCGAAGCAGUGGAGGCAUUAUGACUCACCAUCUCCGAAGAAGGCACGUGUCCAACCCUCAGCGGCCAAGAAAUUGCGGGAGGCCAUCAAAAGCGAGAGGCGUGGCAUGCUGACCAAAGGGGUCCGCCUCCUGCAAGACAACGCCCCGGUUCACAACGCGCAUGUUGCCCAGACGAAAGCACGGUCCUGCGGCUAUGAAAUUCUUCCUCAUCUCCCUUACCCUCCAGACCUCGCACCAUCUGACUUCCACCUCUUUCCAGUCAUGAAGGUAUUUUUGAAGGGCAAGCUCUUCUCAGACGAUGAAAUGCUUAUUUCCGAGGUCAAGUCGUAG